AUGGCGGCGGCGGUGUCCCAUCUGGAUCUGGACGGUGGCACGAAGCGGCGGCGGAAGGAGGAGGAAGUAGAAGCAGGCGCGGAGGCGGCAGAGGACCGCAUCUCGGAGCUGCCGGAGGCGCUGCAGCUGCACAUCCUCUGCCUGCUCCCGCUCAAAUCCGCCAUCCGCACCGGCGCGCUCUCCACCCGGUGGCGCUCCCUCUGGACGCACCGCUGGCCGGCGCCCUCCUCCCUCGACUUCCACCUCGGCACCCACGACUCCCCCCAUCCGUUCCUCGAAACCCUGGAGCGGCGCGGGCGGCGGCGCCUCCAGCGGUUCGCCCUCUCCUUCCACAUCGGCAAGCUCAAGGCCGAGCACUUCCGCCGCUGCCUCGACUACGCGGCCGCCUGCGCCAUCGAGGACCUGCACGUCCACCUCUCAAACCGCGUCUUCAACAUCUUCUUCGACUACCGGCUCCCGCUGGGGGACGCCCACCUCGCGCGCCUCUCGCUCCGCGCCGUGACCGUCGACCUCCCCGUGUCCUUCUCCGCCCACUCCCACCCCUUCUCCGCCCUCGAGGUCAUCCACCUCCACUGCGUCCGCAUCUCCGACCGCACGGUCAACCGCCUGGUCGCUGCGUGCCCCCUCCUCCACACCCUCGAUCUGCGCUACUGCGAAAGCCUCCUCUCCGUCAUCGUCACGGCGGCCGGGGCACACUUGAGGAGCCUAACCCUUGCAGAGUGUGGUUCGGAAGCCGAAGUAUUUUUUGCCGGCGAUGCGUCCAGCCUGCGCUCAUUCCACUACAGCGGCGCCUACAUUCCGGCCUGCAGCAUCCCGGCCACCGCCAAUCUUGCUGACCUUUACAUCUGCUUCGGAGGACCUAACCGCUGGAGGCAAUUGUCAGGACCUUAUUGCGAGCUGCGCACAAACUGGCUUCAACUGCUAACCAAUUUGUCUAACCUCACCGUGCUUACCCUCUGCAGCAGUGCCCUACGGAGAUUGUCUGCCAAAGCUCGUGCCAGGUUAGCUGCCACAGGCGCUGCACCAUGCAAGUUGCUGAAUUUGAGAGAGCUUCAGCUACUGAUGUUCGCAAUGGAGAUCGAUAACAUAAACGACAUUUACACUUUCCUUGUGGCCUGCUGUGGCCCUCGAUUGGAGAGGUUAUUUGUGCAGCUUCCGACAAGUAGUUGUUAG